AGGGAGAAGUUUGUGUAAGAAACAAUCUGCGGCAGCUUUUCAUGUAGCAACAAGUUGAAGCAGUGAAGCGGAUAAAGAAGGAGCUGCUUUCCCCAAACAGCCUGUGAUGGAAAUCCCUGCCAUUAAUCUAAAGGCCAUAGUACUGGUGCACUGGCUGCUUACAGUAUGGGGCUGCAUGGCGUGGCUGCCCACCUCCUUCGCCUGGGGGAACUUCAGUGUUUUAGCAGUCGGGGUCUGGGCCAUCGCACAGAGGGACUCCAUCGAUGCCGUGCUCAUGUUUCUGGUGGGGAUGUUUGUGACGAUAGUGACCGACAUCAUCCAUUUUGGGAUCUUUUACCCGAUGAAUGACUUUGCAGCAGAGAGCGGGAGGAACGCGUUUCGCUUCAGCGCAGGGAUGGCCAUCCUCAGCCUGCUGCUCAAACCCGCGUCCUGCUUCUUCGUCUACCAAAUGUACCGCGAGCGUGGAGGAGAUUACAAUGUUAACUUUGGUUUCCCCUCUGUAGCACGAAACAGAGAUGCCUACCAGUCCAUUGACCACCAGGAUGAGUCCUCCAGCUCAGGGAAUCCCUUCAACCAGGCCCAGGACAGCAAACAGGCGGCAGCACGCACAUACUGAGAGACCCAGGCGGUGAACGAUGCAGUGUUUUCCUCUGAUUCUUUAUGCAGCAGUGCUUUGCUCGAGGGGCAAUUUUUUACAAUCGAUUCCACAUCGGUCCCUGUCUUUGUGCAGUCGGUCUGCAGCAGCCCUGACACUAAAUUAAGUGCUUUUAUUUUGGUAAAUCAUUAGCUCUAAUUAAACCCAUUUUAAUGUUUUCUUCUAAGAUUGAAAUGUUUUUUGCUGAGCUGGCACAUCGCUGCUGAAUAAAUACAGAGGAAAACACUGCUCCUCUGCUCCCAUGCUGUUUCUGUUGUUGCCGCCUACUGUUUUUAGUAGAGAGGUUUUGAAUUGAACUGUUUUCUGCAGCAGUUUUGUCAGUUUACUUUUUUCCAAGUGAGUCAUUGUUAAAAAAUCUGGCACUUACAGGCAUUCAUAGUAUUUUCUCUUUGUGAUCUGUACAUUAUCAUAUUCUCCUUGUGUGUAGUUUGUAAUGAUUAUUUUCCUGUUACUUUUUUUGCUUUACAGUGCAGCAAAUGCUGUUUUUUUUAACACAAGAGAAAUGAAAUGAAUGUUCAAUGCCAUGCCUUUAGAAGCUACCUUGUGCCUUUGUACUCUUUCAACUCGUAAGAGCUGUGAAAUCCUUCGACUGAGUUGAAGACGUGAAUAACCAAAUUGAAUUGAAAUUCUCAUAACCGAGUGAGAAAUCAGCAAAACCUUCACAGUGCGGUGCAGCACACAGACGGACACUGUUCACUGAUAGUGAUGUUGAUCUAUGCAAAAUUCGUAUUAAGACUACCGUCACUGUAACUGUUAGUUUUUGUAAAGAUUUAAAUUAAUAAGCUUUCAUUUCAAACCAUUUUAAAUGUGUCAUUGUUAUAGAUAUCAUUAAAAUUGCAAGUGUCUAGACUGCCGGAAACAUUUUCUUGUAAUGUAAAACUUGUUUCAAUAAAUUAUAGACCGCAUACUGUGCAGCCUCUGA